AUGCGCGACGUCAUCCAAGGGCACAAAGACCUAUGGUUCCGGGACGUUCUGUAUAGGGAAAUCAGCCCUGGCAAUAUUCUCAUCAUGUCGCAGGACAAGGAUCGCCCAGCGGGAUGUUUGAUCGAUCUUGACCAUGGUAAGAAAUACAAGAAAGAGGAAAUGACAAAGGCUCCUAUCGCAGGAACAGAUAUUGAUGACUAUGACGUGUCACUCGUCAUCAGGCGCGCCAAGUUGGGAUACAAUACGACACUCACAGAGGCGGUCGCGUCGAGGCUAUUAGCUGCGAUGGGAACCCCGGAAAUGGCGGUGCUAUUCAUCAACGAGGCUAAAACGUUUUGGGAUGAUGAUUUAUCAUACCUGAUCUUGAAAGAAACAUCGAAUGGCCCAACGUCAAUCUUGUCGCGCGAGAUGAUCACACACGUAACAGGUUUCACCCUAGAUGCUGCCGCCUAUGCAAAAAGCGACUGCGACUCCAAAGGUCCUGUCCCUAAGAAGAACAAGAUGGAGGGGAAUUGA